CAACACAACCGUUGACCACCUUCAUUCAAAAACCAAUUUGCAAGCGAGCCUUGAAAUUGAGUGUGUAUUAAAACGAUCAAUUUAUUUAAAAUCAGUAGUGCGCGUGAAAUUGGCUGAGAUUGUGGGAAAAUGCUGUGUUUAUCAAAAGAGAAAACUUUGAAGAUAGCGACAGCGAUACAAGAAGAUGAAAAGCGGUUUCAGCAUUAUCUGAAACUUUUAGAGGAAUGGAUAAGUUGCCAUGGUUUCAUUCCACAGAAUUAUGAUAAACGAAUGUUGGCGAUUUUUCUACGUGGAUGUAAAUAUAAUUUAGAGAAAACAAAAAAUAAACUUGAGUUGUAUUUUGUUUAUAAAAAACGUUAUCCUGAAGCGUUUGGAUUUCACUAUUUUAAUGCACAAGAAAGGAAAGCAUUGGAUAAUAUUUAUUUAUUUGAAUCUAAACAUGUUACAACGGAAGGAUAUCGUGUUGGUUGUGCCGGAUUUCGUUCUUCGGAUACUUCAGGAUGUGACAUGAGUGUUCUAACAAAGUUAUUAUCAAUGUUCGCAACAUAUAAAGCAAAUUUAGACGGUAUCAACGCUGGUUUAACGAUGGUAUCAAACUUUAGCAACUUAACACCUGCAAUUGCUGCUAGUAUAAUAAAUACUACAUUUAAACAAUUGCUGGUGAUGAUUCAGACCGUUUAUCCAUUCCGGAUCAAAGGAAUUUACUUUAUCUAUGUGCCUUCAUAUGCAGUCCCAAUUGCAAACAUGGUUAAAUUAUUAUUUAAUGAAAAAAUCAGAAAUAAAAUAAAUAUUGAAGCUGGUGAUGAUUAUAUGAAAAAAUGUAUACCAAGUAAUUGUUUACCGAAAGAAUACGGUGGUACAGAUGGUACAAUUGCAGAAAAUGCCAAAAAUUUCAUGGAAAGUUUACAAUCGACUGAAGCUUGGUUCCUGGAACAUGCAAAAGUUCAAAUUGUUGGCAAUAUUCCCAAGGAAUUAUACACCACAAACGGAAUUGAUGAAGAUUUAGGCACACAGGGAAGUUUUAGAAAAUUAGACAUUGAUUUCACGAUGAUUCCAUCGACGUUUUGUGAGUUAACUCCCGAACAAGCAAAGAAAAUCAAGAGAAAUCUUAAUGAAGAUGAAGAUCGAUUUAUUUCACAAAUUGAAACCUUAAAAAUUUGGAUGGAUAGACAUCCAUUUAUACCUAAGCAAUAUGAAGUGGAAAUGCUAGAAAUUUUUCUCCGAGCGUGUAAAUAUGACAUGGAAGCAACAAAACAAAAACUAGAAAAUUACUUUGUCAAUAAAACAAAAUGUCCGGAGAGUUUCAAAGUUUAUAGUUUUGAAGAAAUCGAUUGGGAAACACUCAAGAACUUUUACUUUCUAGCCUCGAGAAAAUUAACGCCUGAAGGUUAUAAAGUUACUUUUGCUGGAUUUCGUGAAGUGAAUAUUAAUUCAUGCAAUAUUGAGGUUAUGUGUAAAUUUAUAUGGAUUUCCGCUAUUUAUAAAGCAAAUUUAAGCACUUUAGACGCUGGGAAUGUUCUGGUUAUAAACAUGAAUGUUUUCUCACCAACAAUGGUUGUACAAUUGAUGACGCCAUUUUUGAAACAAACGGUGAAAUUACUCCAAACAACUUUUCCAUUUCGGACCAAACAAAUAUUUAUUAUCAACGCCCCGGGAUAUGCAGAAAAUUUUAUCAAUGUUUGCAAAAUGUUCCUGAACGAUAAAAUUAAAAACAGAGUUAUAAUUGAAGCUGGUGAUGAUAAAAUGAAAGCAUCAAUACCCAAUUAUUGUAUUCCAUCAGACUUUGGAGGAACAGGCGAUGCUAUAUCUGAUCGAAUUCAAGAAUGGUUUAGUUUACUUAAACAUUACGAGCCGUGGUUCAAACAACAUGAAAAAGUAAUUCCCUUGAUUGAUAAAAUACCAAAAGAAUUGUUUGCUAGUUCUAGUAUUGAUGAUGAAAUGGGAACACAAGGAUCUUUUCGACAACUAUCAAUAGAUUAAUCACAAUUAAUCACAAUCACAAAAUAUUUAACACCAAAUAUAAAAUUAUUUUAUUUAAAUUUACAAA